UGCCACAGUUCUUAUGAGAUUCGAUGGCUAGGAAGAGAGGACAUACACGUCUGGUUCAAACGCCCAGACCAGAAGAGGACGCGUACCCAGAGGAGACAUGUCGACUCGAUGAAGGAUCUACCGGAUAGAAAUUUGUCAGUCAAUGAGAUGGGUCGACUGUCCAGGCACAUCGGCAUUUCAUAUCAGACUUUCUUUGUCAAGCUGGGCUGCCCUGUUGUCGUACUGGAACAGAAGAUGGCAGAAAACCGUGAAUUCUCCUUUAGAUCUCUCAUAACGAAGAUCUUUAUUCACCUCCUUAAAACGGACGCGGAUGUUACAUUCACAAGAGUUGCAGAUGCGAUGUCCGAACAUGGAUUAGAUCCAGAAACACUGUAUAACAUCCUUGACGACAACAGGGAUACGUUGUUUGAUGGCGACACUUUGUCAGAGGGAUUUUUACAGAAAUGCCUAACGUUAUAUGACGCUCCGGUCAUUGCCGACCACGUGAACGCCAAAGAGUACUUCAACCUGUUCCUUGAGCUCGGCUUAACGCCAAAAAGAGUGGACGAGUUUGACGUCAACUUCAGAAACGAUACAAUUCUCAACAGAAUCAGUGCGAUGGUUGAGGAGUUUAUUGCGAAUCCUAGUCGACGUCCUACUCUAAACACAGUUCUGCUUGCGAUGGCGGAAUGCGACAUGGACACCAAUUCCCUCAUCCAAGCCCUAACUCAAACAAAGUGAAAGCAGGACAGCCUAUUAGAUGUUUGAGAUUUGGAGCAAGUUCCGGACUGUCUGUUGAUGUUCUGACGCGGAAAAGCGGCCAGAUUACAACGGAUUGUACAUCUCUCGGGAUGAAUCCAGGUUUCACAAGAGAACAUGUCAAGAAAGGCCGACUUGGUAUCAGUGACGUUAAAGACGUCAAUUUAUGUUAACGUUGUGAUUCUGGAUCGGCAGUGUUUUUCAUGACCCUUACCCUACAUACUACCCGGACGCGUGACUGUAGAUAGCAAUUGAGUUGAUCAACAACAAUACAAUUGAUAAACCAAUUGGAAGCAUUCACGGGAAACUCAAAUCCGACCAUGUAAAGGCGCUCGUGCUUAAAACGCUUACACUUUGUACAUAACGAAACAGACGCUAUGGCAUUCACAGUGUAUUACAUGUAUGUUAAUGCUGCCUUGUUUAGAAAAAAACGAGCUAUUUCUCAACAUUUUUAAUCUAUCUAUGUGAUGAUGGAAUCUAUUUUAUAUAUAAUAAUUUGUUGGUCUAUAGUGUCUGAACAAUAGUAAGGAUUUCAUUUCAAUGUAAGAUUUCUGUCUGUGUACAUAGAUGAUGUUAUAUACUGAAUAUUAUCAUUUUCAUUGUAAAUAUAUUCAGAAACAAAUUAACGUUAGAAUAUAUCAGAAUGGUGUAAUCGUAGAUAUAUUGCAUAUAUUGUUAUUUCAAUAAUCUUACCAAUAUUUUCAACAAGGUUUUUUUUAUAUACCCAGACGUUACUAUAUGAUGACCAUUUUAUAACGUCGAUCGGGUCCAUGGUGAAUAAGGUCGUUGAACUGGACCCAGUUGUUCCAAAUGGCGAUUAGGCUUAUCACAGUUAAACAACAGUUUUAAAAUCCGGACAAAAGUAUUUGUAAACUAAUUCUGCUAACUUUUAUUAAAUUAUAACACUACCUACCUAUUUUAAGAAAUAAUUACACCCAGGAUUGGAAAUAAAGAUAAAAUGGAUUGUUAACUAAUCAUGUGAUUCAGCUAACUACCUUUUGAACAACUGGGCCCUGUU